AUGUCCAAUAACAGUACUACACCCCAUGCUACGGCGUCCGCGGGAACCGACGCGCUCCGCAACCCUAGUCCAGUGGUGCGGACGAAUAGUAUGCGAGCUGGACUACUCAAUCGUGGAAGGACUCUCGGUAUUGGAUGCUGGAAUGUACGAACGUUCCUGGACCCCGGUACCCAAAGUCUGACCGCACGCAGCCUUCAUCAGUACAACGUGGAUGUCUGCUGUCUGUCUGAGGUACGACUCCCUGACUCGGGCUCUCGUGAAAUAAAGAUCCCGGGAGUCGAAUCCCACUUCACCCUGUACCACAGCGGCCCCCGCGAUUCCUCUGGUCGACACGGUGUGGCGAUCGCCUUAUCACAACAAGCGGAGCUUGCGCUACUUGCUUGGGAACCAGUAAAUGACCGGAUGGCCUACGUGCGACUGAAGGGUCACUUCACGAACAUCUCCAUCGUCGCUGUUUACGCACCAACUUCGGCUGCCGAACAGCGCGAUAAAGAGGCGUUUUACUCUCAGUUGCAAGCGCUAGUUGAAAGACUGCCUCGCCGCGAUCUGAUGAUUGUUGCUGGCGAUUGGAAUGGUCGAACUGGACCUGGCGACCCCACAACCAGUCAUCUUCUUGGCCGCUUUGGGCCUGGUUCUCGAUGUGAAAAUGGUGAAAGAUUGCUGAACUUCGCUGAUCGAAACCGACUGCUUGUCACCAACACAUGCUUCCAGCAUCGCAAAAAACAUCUGCUGAUCUGGUAUUCAAACGACGGUCGUACGGCCAGUCAGAUUGACUACAUACUAGUCAGCUCAAGGUUCCGCAGCUGGGUUCACGAUAGCAGAUCGAUGCGUGGUGCCGAGACUGGUAACGCCCAUGGGUCGGACCAUGUCCUCGUCCGUACACGCCUGAAAGUUCACCUCUCAUCCGCACAAAAAAUGCCAAGUCCUAGACGCCUCAAUGUCGCAAAAAUCCGGCAAGCCAGCACUGCCGAGGCCCUAAGCAGAGAAAUCCGGACCUGUUUUACGGCCCGAGUCGACGGAGAAGUCAGUAACCAGUGGUCGUCACUGAAGACAUCAGUCUAUGGGGCAGCUGAGAAAAUCCUUGGAUACACCCAGCGACGCCGCAGUGACUGGAUCAGCGGAAGAACCCUGCAGUUGUCUGCUCAGACGGCUAGAGCCAGGUCCCGCAACGAUGACUACUUCCGCCAACUUCGGAAGAUGAUGGCAAAAUCGGCCAGGGAUGACCGGAAACAAUAUUGGGCUGAAAUAGCGACAUCCAUGGAACAGGCCUCGAACGUUGGUGACACUCGAAAGCUCUAUCGUCUGAUCCGCCAAGUUAGCGGUAAGCCCUCUACACUGAGUGACUCUGUUCGCGAUGUGAACGGCGGCUUUAUUGCUGACAACUCGGCCAAAGUCGAGCGCUGGCGUGAGCACUUUGAGCAGCAUCUCAACUUCGAUACCCAACCUACAUCGCCCUUGUUCUCCUCCUCAGCGGAGUUUCUUCCCUCUCCUACCUAUGCAGUGCCAUGCGAUCCCCCCUCCGAGGAAGAAGUCGCCGAUGCCAUACAAAAGUUGCGCAACAAUAAGGCACCCGGAGAGGACGGUAUACCCGCUGAAAUCUUUAAGUCUUGUGUCGACACUCUGGCACCCUGGCUCCAUGAGGUGAUUGAACGCGCGUGGAGAGACGAGGUUGUUCCUGAUGACUGGGGCUUAGGCAUCCUUGUACCUAUCCUCAAGAAGGGAGAUAAGACGAGAUGCGAGAACUACCGCGGCAUAAGUCUCAUCGACGUUGCUGCGAAGAUCUUCGCUAUUGUCCUACUCGGACGAUUCCAGGCUGUGCGUGACUCAAGGACGAGGCCCAACCAAGCCGGAUUUCGUGCUGGACGUGGAUGCGCAGAUCAGAUAUUCACACUGAGGCGCAUUCUCGAAUUUCGCCAUAGCUACCAACAACCGACAGCCGUCUGCUUCGUUGACUUUGCCGCCGCGUUCGAUUCCGUUCACCGCUAG